AUGGAUCCCGACUGGAAAGAAGUCAAGCAACGAUCGAUGCGAGGUCGUCUACAAAGCCUCAGACUUCGUCUUAUGGAUAUUGCGAACAACUUGGACAAUCUUACGACAGAACAGCUUGACAUUCAUUGCGGUGCCAUCAUGGAAGACCUUAGCAGCUUAUCCUAUGAUUGCAUCGUGGAAAGCAGGGAUCGACUUGACGAAUUCCAGUUCUACUGGCGAAUUAGCGAAAUCGAGGUAUUGAUCAAGUUUUGUCUUGACGAGGAACUCGAAAAGACUAAACGGACGGAGAAUCAAACGCCUAAGAUGACGAGAGAAAAGCGAAAGGAGAUGCUGAAGGAUCUCAAGUUUGACAUCCCUUUCACUGAAAUGUGCUUCAUCCCUUUCGAUGCGUAUGACUUCUUCAUGAGUCUCGGAGAGGCGUUUAGGGACCUCGUUGUCGAUGAACUGAGGCAUCGUGCUCACGGCGAUGAUACGCUUGACCUUCAGUUUAUCAAGAAAGAGCCAGGUAUCGAGGAAGAAGUGUCUAUCAAGGAGGAGGAGCCUAUCAAGGAAGAAGGUGUCGGCGAACUACCUCGUUCCAAACUACAUCUACCUGGAGAGUUUAUCCCUAACGAUGUACUCAAGCAGAGGUUCAGGGAUCUGGCGGUCAACUUUGAUGAUCCCAGCAGUCGCUGGGCAAAGCAACAAAUCGAUGCCUACCAGAGCUACCUCAAGUUGCCAGUCACAGACAAAGUGGCAUCGGGUGCCGUGGAGGAAUACGACGAUUGUGUAUCAAUUAAGAUGCCGUGUCCGCCAGGGAUGAGCUGUCUUCUCCUCACCCGUUCAGGAGACUCGUGGUUCCCGCAUCCAGUUGACCCCUCUGCUAAGAAGUCUGGUUCUUGGGGUAAUGUUCCUAACCUGGAGGUACUUACCAUGACUCGCGAACAGCUGCGAGAAGAUCAUGAGUUUGGGGGCGAUGCUUUCAAGAAGGAGAUACCUGAAGUUGAGCCUCGUCUUGAGAAGUUGGACAUUGAGUUUGAUAAGGUUGUUACUUCUCAGUAUGGGAUUGUCGUUGCUUGGAGGUAUGUGGGGGGCGAUGAGUGGUUUGAUCGUUAUGGCCAUGUUGUUCCUGAGCUUGUCGUUGAUCAGUCAACAAUACACCAUGAUCGACGAUGGAGUGAGGCUAGGAAAGAAGAUGUUCUUUCAGAUUCGGACUGA